UUCAGUGUAGCUGAAGCAGACAGUUCCGGAGAAGGAAGCCAGAGCAAUGUUGCGCCAGCCCCUCCCCUCAACCAAGGAGGCAGGAUCAGGGCUGAGAUCCCAGCUUUGUAACAGAAAACACCACUUCAGCCCCAGGACAGCAGAGAACCACCCAGCCCAGAAGCCACAGGAGAGGCAACUCUUCACCAUGGACUACCUCUCAGCCCUCAACCCUGGCGACCUGCUCAGGUCCGUGUCUAAUAUAAGCUCCAAGUUUGGACGUAGGGUCUGGACCUCAGCUCCACCACCCCAGCGACCUUUCCGUGUCUGUGAUCACAAGAGGACUAUCCGGAAAGGUCUGACAGCUGCCACCCGCCAGGAGCUGCUAGACAAGGCACUGGAAACCCUGCUGCUGAGUGGAGUGCUAACCCUGGUGCUAGAGGAGGAUGGGACUGCAGUGGAGAGUGAGGACUUCUUCCAGCUGUUGGAGGAUGACACAUGCCUGAUGGUGCUGGAGUGCGGGCAGAGCUGGAGCCCCCCCAGGAGUCGAAUGCUGUCCUAUGGCCUGGGCCGGGAGAAGCCCAAGCACAGCAAGGACAUCGCCCGCAUCACCUUUGAUGUGUACAAGCAAAACCCUCGAGACCUCUUUGGCAGCCUGAACGUCAAAGCCACAUUCUACGGGCUAUACUCCAUGAGUUGUGAUUUUCAAGGACUCGGCCCAAAGAAAAUACUCAGGGAGCUCCUUCGGUGGAUUUCCAUGCUGCUACAAGGCAUGGGCCAUAUGCUGCUGGGAGUUUCCUCCACCCUUCGCCAUGUAGUGGAGGGAGCUGAGCAGUGGCACCAGCAGGGUCGCCUCCGUUCCUACUGAUAAAGGGCUCUGAGCUUCUACCCCAGACUCGUUCCAAGAGACACACUGAGGACUGUGACAGCAUCAGGUUUCAGGACCUGCAGACAGUGCAGGCCCCACCGUGACAGAACUCAUCACCAUAAUGCCUUAUACCCCAAACCUACACCCUUACUUGAAGAAUGCUCUCCAUUCCUACCCACAUUUCCAGCCUCCCACUUAGCCUGAAAGGCCACAAGCCUAUCUCCAGGCAUUUUAAUCCCAACUUGACUGCUGCUACAUCUAGAUCCCUUACCAACUCCUCCUGUCCCUAAGCCCUCAGCACACUGAACAGAUCCUCUCUAAUCUUACUGUGAGAUCUCUGUCUCCAUACACUUCCCCACCAAAAUAAAAACAUUUCAAUAAAAAUAUAAAAAUGUUUACCAA